CGCGUCCACCCUUCGGAUGACGUCACCAGCCCUUCCUUUUCAAGAGUUGUAGUUGAGCAGAUUUAACGUUAGCUUGUAGUCCUGGACCGCGAGAGGCUGAAUUAGCGGGGUUUGUUGGUUUCCACGCUCACUGAUCGCACUAUCAUUUAAAAGGAGUCUGGCAAGACCAUGGACGACUUCUCGCUUUCUGAUGCUUUAGGCGAUGACACCCCAAGCCAGGCAAAGAAAAUAGGACACACCAACCCGUCUGCCCCUCCCAGCAAUUUCCCACCUGGUGCAAACCCAGGAUGGCCCGGGUCAGCCCCUGGAGCUCCCACCCAGCCCUCUGCUCCCAGUGAUUUCUCUGGUGGAUCAUCUGGCCCAGGAGCACCAGGGCAGUUCCCUUUCCACUCUGGUCCUGGAGCACCAGGCCAAUAUCCAGGGCCUCCUUCAGCACCUGGUGGUUUCCCCCCUGGUCCUGGAAUACCUGGACAAUAUCCACCUGCCCCAGGAGCCCCAGGGCAUUUCCCAUCCAGCCCUGGAGCUCCUGGGCACUUCCCUGGCCAUUACCAACCUGAAGGAGCUCCAGGCCAUUUACCUGGAGGUCCUGGUUCUUACCCUACUGGACCAUUUUCUUCAGGCCCUGGAGCUCCCCCAGGGCCUUAUCCAAAUAUGCCCUUCCCCAGCCAGCCAGGAGGAGGCAACGGGAUGUACGGAGCUGGUGGUCCAGGUGCAUUCCCCCCUCCAGCUGGCCCUGGCUCAUUCCCUGCAUUCCCUGGUUCUGGAGGCUUUCCCCCAAUUCCCCAUGGGUCAUGGGGACAACCUGCUGGUGGAGGCUUCCCUCCUGCUCCUGGCCCCUUUGGUCCUGGGCCUAUGGGUCCAUACGGUGGGCCUUCUGCUCCAGGCGGCAUGCUGCCCAGAUAUAAUCCACCAUAUAAUUGAAAGCAAUGAAAUCAACUUUUCAGUCGGACACGGACAUCACUUCCAGAAUCAGCGCAUGGUUUGAUUAGUGCCAAAGACUAAAGAUGAUCGCAGUAUACAUUCAAAGUGUAGUUCAGUCUGCCUAAUGUUUUAACUAAGUGCAAUAUGAUUUAAAAUGAACUUAUAAAUUAAACCUACUUUUAUUGUAUGAAGGCAUAUUUGUAUUUUUGGAUAAAAUCUGUUUUACUACAAUAGGCAUGUUCAUUGGUCUUUCUGCAUUGACUUGUAACUUUUAUGUGAUUCAAAUUAAAGGGUUUUUUGGUUUUCUGUCAUUCUGCAUUUUACAGUUAAUGUAUUUAUUGUGUAAAAUUUGAAAACUUACUUUUUUUUUGCUGAUAUUGUCUCAACUACUCUGUUGCAUAAGAAGAGAAUAAGAUUACUUCCUGGGGCGUUGCACUAAGAAUGUAGGCCGGGUCAAAGUUUUGAGUAAUAGUUACACAUGGUUACCUUCUCUAUUAUGACUCUAUUGAAGCAAGUUGUAUUUAAAACUGAGCCUUUCUGUAUUUAUCCAUGAGCAUCUAAUAUAAAUGGGUAAAAUCAC